AUGCAAUUGCUACCCCGAAUCCUGUCCAUUGCCGCAUGCGCGACCAGUCUGGUCGACGCCUAUGCGGUCUCUACGGAGAGGCUUGCGCUAACAAACCGUGCCCUGCCUAACUCACCACGUGGCUAUACUCCCUCAGAAGUCGAUUGCCCGUCUAACUCGCCCUCCGUCCGGUCUGCAUCAAGCCUGUCGCCAAAUGAAACAUCGUGGCUGGAAUUAAGAAGAAACAAUACCAUCGAUCCUAUGCGGGAGUUUCUUGGCCGCAUGAACAUCUCAGGAUUUGAUACCACUGCGUUCUUUGAUCGGGUCUCAAACAACGCUUCGGAACUGCCAAAUGUUGGCAUCGCUUUCUCCGGAGGCGGCUGGCGUGCUUUGCUCAACGGUGCCGGUGCAUUGCAGGCCUUUGACAGCAGGACAGCUGGUUCAGAGACUGGGGGAAGGCUCGGCGGGCUGUUCCAGUCGUCUACCUAUAUUGCCGGUCUGUCCGGCGGCUCCUGGCUUGUCGGCAGUAUCUAUGUCAAUAACAUCACUACUGUUGGUGCUCUACAGGAAGAUGACAGUGGCUCUGUUUGGGAAUUUGGUAACAGCGUGAUCGAAGGUCCCGAAAGCCAGGGCAUCCAGAUUCUAUCUACUGCUGACUACUGGACCGACCUCUAUCACGAAACCGAAGCCAAAGCCGAUGCUGGCUUUAACACCUCAAUCACAGAUUUGUGGGGAAGGGGUCUCAGUUUCCAGUUGAUCAACGCCACCGAAGGAGGCCCGGCGUACACAUGGUCGUCGAUCGCACUCACUGACGGCUUCCAAAACGCUGACAUGCCAUUUCCCAUUGUCGUUGCCGACGCUCGCGCUCCUGGCGAGAGGCUCAUUUCUCUGAACACAUCCGUCUUCGAGUUUAAUCCCUUCGAAAUGGGCACCUGGGAUCCCACCCUGUUUGGCUUUAUGCCGCUUCAAUAUGUUGGCACCAACAUGACAGAUGGGGAGGUCACCGAGAAUGCCCAGUGCGUGGUCGGAUUCGAUAAUGCAGGUUUCGUCAUGGGAACUUCUUCGUCGCUCUUUAACACGCUCCUGCUCAAUCUCGACUCUGUCCGAUCCGACAUUCCCGAGGCGCUCUUCGGGCUCGUUGAAGGCUUUUUGGGCGCCAUUGAUGAGGACGACAAUGAUAUCGCCGACUAUACGCCUAAUCCGUUCUUUGGCUACCGGUCCGAGGAGAGUCGGUAUGCAGACUCUGAGCGCUUGACGCUGGUCGAUGGUGGUGAGGAUCUGCAAAACAUCCCUCUGCACCCUCUGAUUCAACCCUCCCGGCACGUUGAUGUGAUCUUCGCCGUGGAUUCCUCCGCCGACACCAGUCAAAGUUGGCCAAAUGGCACCGCCCUGGUUGCCACCUACUCACGCCAAUUCGGCGACAUUGCCAAUGACACCGCUUUUCCAAGCGUCCCAGACCAGAACACCUUCGUCAACCUCGGUCUUAAUACCCGGCCAACUUUCUUCGGAUGCGACCCGUCCAACAUGACCGAUGGUCUCAAUGUGCCUCUGGUCGUGUACAUUCCCAAUGCCCCUUACGUGUACAACAGUAACAUAUCCACUUUCCAGCUGGCGACCAACAACUCAGAGCGUGAUGCCAUCGUACUUAACGGGUACAACGUGGCGACCAUGGGAAAUGCUACGCUUGAUGAAACAUGGCCAACCUGUGUGGGCUGCGCCAUCAUCUCUCGCAGCCUCGAUCGCGCGGGCAUUGAGGUCCCGGAAUCAUGCCAACAGUGCUUCAGGGACUUUUGUUGGGAUGGCACGGUCAACAGCACAGAGCCAGCGCCGUACGAUCCCACCCUGAAGAUUGCAGAUGAAGCCGUGAACGUGGAGAGUGCAGCCACGGUGAUGACCCUCAGCAAUAGUGGGCUACUGGUAACAGUUGCCGCCGUUGUUGGUGCGUUGGCUUUGAUAUAA